AUGGACGACCCGUUCUUCACCGAGGACGACGGAGACUUUGACGACUUGUACGGAAUUCCUUCGCAAGCAUCCAGUCACCCCCUUGUUGUGAGGCACGAGCCGCCUGUUGAUGCGACUUUAUCUUCGCAUCAACCUGCACUGGACAUUCCGUCCUAUAUCCAGAGUCCUGCAGCGUCCAGCGGUGCUGUUUCCAGGUCGUACGGGCGUGAUCGAACCGACUCUGUGUCUAGCCAUGCAACGGACCGAGUUGUGUCGUCUGGACCGUCAACAAAGUGGAGACAAAAGCACACGAAGAAAAAAACUCGUCGCAGGACAAGUCAGGAGCUUUUCAAUGUGCAGUGGGAGUCGGACGUUCACGUGGCUACGUGUCGACUAUGCCACUCGGACUUUUCGCUCGUGAAACGCAGACACCACUGCCGUCAUUGUGGACGUGUCAUGUGCUCGGACUGCUCGUGCUUUGUGUACUUUGAGUUCUCACGUCGAAAGCACAGAGUGUGUGCAACGUGCAACAACCAGCUUCUUGCUGGACAAGAUGCGUACGAGCGGGAAACAGUGACGUCGUCGCCUGUGCAGAUGGUUCCUCGGCCUUGCGGUGGAGGCGCGACGGCAGGGAAAGAGGUGGAGAGGAAUGCGCGCAAGGCAGAAAAGAAAAGGGGAAGCGAGACGGUACAACAGCAGAGAAACACAGCGAUGAGUCCAGCUGCCGUGACGACUUUUUGUAGUCAAACAAUGGACGUUGAAGAAAAACUUGUGGUAAAGAGGGAGCCACUUCUUGACGAUGCAGACGGAAGUUGGUUUACGGAUGCGAUCGAUCGACAGACACACUCGUAUGGUAGUGUCGAAGAAUAUAGUGAAGAUGGUAGCUCGAAAGGACCAGGCUGGAGAGACCGCAUCAAGGAUACGUAUACAGUUGCGCCUACAACUGAUGAAACCUCAGUGUUAGGAUCGAUUGCUGGCAGCACGCUGACUUCUGGGAUCACCGGCAACGGGUAUAUCUCGGACCAGUUUCGAUAUGAUGAUGUCAGUGGGCCCGGUCUUGGGCACGAAGAUGAUACAACCAUUGAAAUGCCUCGGCCAAAGCAACAGAGUGCCGCCCUAUCGACUUUUACCGGGUGCGAGACAAAGCACAGAUGGGUCUCUGAGAAUGACAUCUUAGUCGAGCAAUUAGAGUAUGCUGACCUAAGUGGUCCGGGACUUGGCCACGAUGAUGAUUGCUCAGUUGCUAUGCCUCGACCUACGCAGUUGCCGUUGGCUGUACCUUAUAGCUACGAAAGUGGAAAACGUGAUCAAAGGGAAUCGAAACAAAAUAUCACACCGCAUGAGCACAACAUACUGGCACGAACUACUAUUAAGGAUGUGGUGAGCGCACCGAAGCGUCGGGUUGCAUCACUAACACGACAAAGGGGGAAGACAGAAGAUUGCAGGUCUCGCGCUCGAGGCAACCAAGAUAUGACGCUGGACGAACUGGAUUCUUCAUAUUCAUCACGAGAUGAGUCUAGAAUGCGUGGUCCGACCGUGCCUAUUCCGGCCGCUGCUCAGCCGACAUUUUACGAGCAAGAUGCAGACAAGUUGGUUAUUGAUGAUUCGCCGGGGUUUUUUGAGGCAACGAUAGCCGAGCGAGAAGUUCAGCACGAAAAAGACAAAAGUCGACAGGAGCAGAUUGCCCGCGACAAUGCGUGGGUUAACAAGUCAGCGCUGCCACAUGACUUUUCAAGUGAGCACAGUUCUUACAGCAUCGUGGACCGUCCAUCGCAGGCUUCUAACUCUCCUGUUGUAAAUCAUGGGAGUAGAGCUGGUGAUGCAAAAGACAAGAAGGGGACGGGCGAAAAACCAAAGAGCGGCUUCACCAGGGUUUUCAAGCGUUUUUUCGGUAUGGGACCGAAGAGAAAAUCUGGACCACCAAAGUACUCUGAAAUGCUUCAUACUGUCGUGGUAUCUCCACCGAAAGCAGAGGUUACUGAGAACCACGUUUCAUCUGGAGCGAGCGCAAAGCAUCGUGACAGCAUCGUUUCGGACCGUUCCGUUCCAGACGGGUCGGUACGGCCUAACGUUGCGAACUGCAGCAGUGUUGGUCGAGAAAAGUCGGUCACUCGGAAGAACUCUAGGCCUACUAUGGCAACGCUUGCGGAUGUGCCAGCUGUCGUGGAAGCACCGUUGUUACUACAGGACGAUGGGAUAAAACAGCAUGAUUGGAAGCAAGAGCCAGAGCGUAAACGUCGGGGAACGUUCGAUGAUCUCUUUAUGUCACCAAAAGACAGUGCACCUACCAAUAAAUUUGGCGACCACUUCGGUACAAGUAGCAUGAUUGGAUGGGAUUCUCGUGUUGGACAUAACCUGAAUGGUGGUCAAUCCAUCGGUGCAGUAGGUGUCGCUCGUUUUGACCAACGAAGGCCUAUUGGUGAAGACGAUGAGCCUGUGCUUGGGAACGAGCUCGCUCCUGUUCUUGGCUCAAUUAAGUCUGCCAAUGGCUCCACUGAGGCAUGGAGAGAAUCUGCAGCCUUAUCGUUGCUAAAGGACAGAAGGGAUAGUACCCAGAGUUCUGCCUUCACCUGGAGCAGUAUACAAUCGGUAUCUGGACCUGGAACCGCAACACGCGCUGUAUCAACGAGUCUUCAGCCCCGUGCGGGCUAUAACGACAACUAUGGGGCAUCAGUGUCACACAAGAUAUCUUCGAAACCCACAUCAACGGGUGGCAUCAUGGAUGACUUGAAGUGUGGGUUGACAUUGAGUAAAUCGCAAGGCAAGACGUCAGUUGAUGAAUUCUUUGCCGAAUUCGAAGAAGCCAACGAAUACGUUUUCGACUCGACCACGGGUGGGUACGUAGCAGCACGGGUCCCCGCUCGUACAGAGGCUACUAGAGAUGUACAGCUGCUGGGGUCCACAGAACUGGUGGGGUCUGAGAAGCAUACCCUUAACACGGGUGAUCGUGAAUACGAUACCGUGUUAGCUACCAAGAACGAUAGUGGUGGAGACGUUGACGAAGACGAUGUGGCUGAGAUUAUUGUGGACAAGAUCAGCUCUCUAGAAAGUGAGCUGGCAGCACUAAAACAGUUGAUUCGUAAUCAAAAAGGAAGCAGGGGCAACCAGUCUUUGAAGCUACAGCGAGACAGCGGUGGCAUUGCAGAAUCAAGAAAAGCUCGCAAAGAGAGUAUUUUUGACUACGACAGCAGUGACGAAGAUAAUAACAAGCCUGGUGGUUCGUGGGCCAUGUCCGUUCGGCUAACGUCAGAGCAGACGAGACGAAGACCAGGCAACAAGAAGAAGGUUGUUAAGCAACACAAGGAUUCUUUUGCUCAACUAUUUGAGGAUGGUCCGAACGAAGACGGAUCGGUUGGUGGCGCACUCUCUUACAAAGCUGAACCUGAAACAGGGUCCGGCAAAUACGAUUUUGAUUCCGACUCUGAUUCUACGUUGCCACUGAAAAGACCGGGUAAGCAGCCACUUCAGUGGAAAACGGAUGCAGGUGUAGAGGAUGCUAUUCCCGGUGUGAGUACGAUUACGGCGCCUUCGAAACUGACUACAAAGCACGCGAGAAUAAGAGAAGCAAGCGACGAUGAUUUUGAAGACCCGAUCGACGCUUUGUUCGACGCCUCGAGUGAUCGUGAUGUGACUACAUUAUACAGCAGUGAGGAUGGUCAUGAUGAUAACGACGAACGUUCUGUACCUGAACUAAGUGACGUGCUCAACCGGGAGUCUCGUUUGUCCGUGUCAGAUGAUGAGAUGAGUGCAAGUACAGCCGUUCCCGCUGUUAAUAUAAGCCGUGUGGUGCCAGAUGGUAUGGCCAGCCAGAGCUAUUCACGCUCUGCAGAUCCACAAGUGUUCGGUGCAGCCGACGAGGAUGAAAGCUUUUCAAUCAACUGGUCAAAGGUUCGGAAGACAAAACCCCGAAGACACAAGUCCCAUCAUGUGGUCGGUGAAAGCAGUGUAACUGGUAGAAGUGCGAGGCUCUUGGAACGCAGUCUGCAUGCUGAAAAGCUAGAAGUAGCAGCUGCACGUGACAUUUUUGCGGAACACACAACUUCCACACCGUUUCUUGCAAGUGCAUCAUCAACGGCCGAGGUAGCGGAGGAUCAUUCGAUUGACUUGAGUUCAGAAGGUGAUGAAAAAGUGGAGUUGCAGUUUAAUGGUGAAAGCCAGCACACGGACAUAGCUGAACAUGCUGUGUCAAGUUCAGGCGUGACGGUUCGAGAACCAGACGAUCCGGUGGAGCAAUCAUUGCUUGCUAAUAUGGUGGAAGAGCCUUCAGCCACGACAGUGGAGGUCUCGUCGAUCGACGAAGCUGCUGCUGCUUUUGACAUUUUUGACAAGUCUAGAGACGUGGAUGUCUUGUCGAUGUCUUCGUUGAUCGAAUCAAAUACACCGGAUUACCAAGAUGACCGUAGUGACAGCAGUGACGAUGACGACAAAAGGUCAUUCUCUGGAGUUGACGAGGCUUUCAAUUUUGAAAUUCAGACUGUUAAAAAGCGGCUUCCUGUUGAUGCACUGGCCAACCAUCCUACUGCGCAAACGGAGCGAGAACCAAGCGAGCCCUUUCCUGGGCUGCUAACAUCAAUGGAGCUUGGUGAACACGCAACAUUAUCGGUACCUUCAUCGUCGCGCACUCCGUUGAUAGAUGGUAGUCUCGAUGAUUUUGAGGACGCAUCAGCGGACGACGAUUCGGUCCUGGAAGAAAGCGUUGAGUCACAAGCAUUCGACAUAGACUGGCAGCAAAUGCAGGAGAAGGAAAAGGAGCGCAAGAAGAGACGGCAAGUUAAGCAAAGGCAAGCUCAGCGAGAUAAACUACUGCGAAAGCAAAGUAGACCGACGAAAUCUUCCUCUGGUAGCGCUGUGACGCACGGGUCAAGCAAAAGCAAGUCGAAGAGCGACAAGAAAAAGAAAAAAGGUGUCGACAACAACGACGCAGUUUCAUCCUCUCUGCAGCGCAAGAGCGGCUCGUCACGAAUGCAUCACCAAAGCGCCACCAAUGGUGUGCCCGUGGCAAUUUUGUUGGAGCCUUCUCGAACACUGACAGAUCUCUGA